AUCGCGCUGUUCCACGUUUCUAUGGAAGUACAGAGAGCAAGUGGGGGUCAGCAGACAGUCAGCGGCAUGUGUGAAUCCACGCAGCAGCCUCGGCAGAAGAGGCUGGAGGAGCGCAGCGCGUCCUCGGAGAUGUCCAGGAUCAUCACCGACCCAGUCACCGGGAAGUGCUACUGUCGGGGCAAAGUUCUGGGCAAGGGAGGUUUUGCGAAGUGCUAUGAGAUGACGGACCUGUCCACCAGCAAAGUUUACGCAGCCAAAAUCAUCCCACACGCGCGCGUUUCCAAACCGCACCAACGAGAAAAGAUUGACAGGGAAAUCGAGCUGCACAGAGUCCUGCAUCACAAACACAUAGUGCACUUCUACCACCACUUUGAGGACAAGGAGAACAUCUACAUCCUGUUGGAGUACUGCAGCAGGAAAUCAUUAGCUCACAUCCUAAAGGCACGCAAGGUCCUCACAGAGCCCGAGGUGCGGUAUUACCUUCGCCAGAUUGUCUCCGGAUUAAAGUACCUGCAUGAACAGGAGAUCCUGCACAGAGAUCUAAAACUGGGGAACUUCUUUGUGAGUGAGUCGAUGGAGCUCAAGGUCGGCGACUUUGGUUUGGCUGCCAAGCUGGAGCCGGCAGGAAACAGGAGGAAGACGAUCUGUGGGACGCCCAACUAUCUCUCCCCGGAGGUGCUGAACAAACAGGGUCACGGGUGCGAAUCAGACAUCUGGGCUCUGGGCUGUGUCAUGUACACAAUGCUGCUGGGCAGACCACCAUUCGAGACCACCAACCUGAAGGAGACGUAUCGGUGUAUAAGAGAGGCCCGCUACUCCAUGCCGUCCUCUUUGUCCAUGCAAGCCAAGCAACUAAUUGCCAAUCUGUUGGCCAAGACGCCUGAAGACAGACCCAACCUUGACCUCAUUCUGAGACACGACUUCUUCACGCAGGGCUUCAGUCCCGAACGUUUGCCAGCGAGCUGCUGCCAUUCGGCACCAGAUUUCCACAUCUCGAGUCCUGCCAAGAGUUUCUUCAAAAAAGCUGCCGCAGCAUUGUUUGGCGGCAGACGAGAGAAGGUCAAAUACUAUGAGACCCUCAAUAAACUAACAAAAGAAGAGGAGCAGAUCUACAAACUGCAGCACGACCUGGAGAGAACUGUCAUCACUCAGCAACAGUGCAGGAAAUCAACUCCGAAUGGAAGUCUACUUCCGCCAUCUGCUGAAAGCCCUGUUGCCUUGGCAACCGAGAGCCAGUCCCCGACGACGCAAGAUACCAUCCGGCUUAUCGUCAGGGGAAGUCUGGGGAGCUGCAGCAGCAGCAGUGAAUGCCUGGAAGACAGCACAACAGGCAGUGUGGCUGAGACUGUCGCCAGUGUUUUGCGGGGAUGUCUGGAGAACAUGCCGAAAGCGGACGACAUUCCUCAAGGAUCAAAUUGCGGCAGUCUUCAAUGGGUGACUAAAUGGGUGGACUACUCCAACAAGUACGGAUUUGGCUACCAGCUCUCUGAUCACACCGUGGGAGUUCUCUUCAACAACGGCACGCACAUGAGCCUGCUGCCAGACAGAAAAACAAUCCAUUACUACGCGGAGUUGGGCCAGCGGUCAGUCUUCCCCACGUGUGAGGUGCCAGAACACUUUGUGGGUCAAGUCACCGUGCUGAAGUACUUUUCCCACUACAUGGAGGAGAACCUAAUGGAUGGUGGGGAUCUUGGAAGUAUGACUGAUGCACACACACCCAGGCUCUACCUGCUUCAGUGGCUCAAGUCCGACCGUGCCCUGUUAAUGCUGUUUAAUGACGGAACAUUCCAGGUCAACUUCUACCACGAUCACACCAAGAUCAUCCUGUGCUGCCAGAGAGAGGAAUACAUGUUGACGUACAUCAACGAGGAUCGUGUCUCCAAAAGCUUCAAGCUCAGCACCUUGCUAAAGUCCGGCUGCUCCACUGACCUGCGCGAGCGCAUGGUGUACUCCCUCAACAUGCUGCUGCAAAGGUGCAGCUGAGCACCCGCCCCAGUUUGGGACACGUACCUAUCUGUCGAACCCCUGCAGCGCUGCGGAAGAAGAAGAAGAGCUGUUGAUGUUGGACUUGUGCAAAGUGAAUUAGCAUUCCUGUAGCGUCACGAGAGAAAGAUGAGUGAGCGUUAUAGUAGAGAAGAAAGGACGAUAAGUAUGUUGACUGGUUGAGGAGAAACUAAAGUGAUGGGGUGAGAACGUUGGUACGAUUGUGAAGUGUAUCAUUUCUUCAAAUCUUGUAAGCUGGACUUGCUCAUGUAUGUUAUUAAGUGGAACCAGAGCUGGCCUUUGGAAUGAUGUAAAUGUUGUACAGAAUUUUCUCCGAGGUGAAAAGGAUGUGCGGACGGAAUUUGGCUCCUUUUCGUGUGAGCAGGGAAUGAGGAAAGGGGGGCAGGGGUGGGAGGGGGGUUUGGUUUAAUCUCAGACAGACUUAAAAACUGUGAUUGCUUCUCUCUCCUGGCAGAUUAAAGUCAAAGAUUUACGAUGGUAAUUCAGAGCAGAAGAGAGACUGAUGUUUAAAAAUACACUAUCUUAGAUCCUCUGGGGAUCAUUUUUAAGAGCCAUGACCACCUUGGUAGAAACUGUCCUACAUAACUUAUUGUGCUGUAUUUAUUUAUUUAAUAAUAAAAAUAAUUUUCUUUAAAAAAAAAAAAAA